AUGGGCUCUUCCGACGACGAAAAACGCGCCGGCAUCCCGCUGGAAACGCACAUUUCCGCCAUCGACGAUGCCAAUCCCAAGGACGACACCGUGCGGGUCGACAUCCAGCAUGAGCAUGAGCUGACCGUCAAGGAAGUCUUCAUCAAGCACCCUGCCCUCGUCUUUUGGGCCUUUUACUGGGCCAUGUCUGGAGUUGGCUGGGGCUUCGACGCUCAGGUCAACGGAGGCAUGCUCUCUGUUCUGUCGUUCCGCCGUGACUUUGGCUACUGGUACGAUACCGAAGAUGACUAUGUCAUCCCCGCCGACUGGCUCAGCGCCUUCAACACCAUCAGCGGCGUCGGCCAGUUCUUUGGCGGCUUCGCCUGCUCCUGGGUCGCCGAUCGCUGGGGCCGCAAGUUGGCGCUGCUGGCCGGCAUUGCCCUCGUCACCGGCGGCAUCUUUGGCGAGAUGUUCUCGACCAUCAGGCCCGCCUUCCUCAUUUCCAAGCUCAUCCUCGGCUUCGGCCUGGGUUUCUACCUGACAUUGUCGCCGCUCGCCGCCUCUGAGUGCGCGCCUGUUGCCUUCCGAGGUAUCGCUACUGCGGGCGUCCAGUUCGGUAUCGGCUCCGGCCAGCUGCUGUCCAACGCCGUCAUCAAGGGCUUCGGCGGUUGGAGCGACCGUUGGGCCUACCGCGCUCCGUUUGCCAUCCAGCUCUUCUUCUGCUUCUUCCUCAUCGUUCUGCUCCCCUUCUGCCCCGAGACACCGUGGUACCUCGCUCGCGCCGGCAAGCGUGAGCAGGCCCUCAAGUCUCUGCGCAGUCUCUACGGGUCCGACGUCGACAUCAACGCGAAGCUUGCCACGCUCGAGGCCACGAUUGCCGAAGAGGAGGCCUCCACCUCGGAACAGGGCUCCUUCAUCCAGUGCUUCAAGGGCACCAACCUGGUGCGUACCAUGAUCAGCAUGGGCGUCUUCGUGUGCCAGCACUUCACGGGCAUCAUCUUCGUCAUGGGCUUUUCCACCUAUUUCUUCCAGCUCGCCGGCCUGCCCACCGAGAAGACGUUUGAUCUCGGCAUCGGCGUCAGCGCCUGCGGCCUGGGCGGCAACAUCCUCAGCUGGGUCAUCAUGAACUCGUUCGGCCGCCGCCGCAUCUUCGUGACGUGCAUGUGCAUCCUGACGGCCAUCCUCUUCCUCAUCGGCAUCAUGGACGUGGUGCCCACGGGCGCCGCCAAGUGGGUGCAGGCCUCGCUCACCGUCGUCUACGCCUUCUUCUACUACGUCGGCCUGGGCGCCAUGGCCUUUGCCAUCCUGGGCGAGGCGAGCAGCACCUCGCUGCGCGCGCCGACCAUUGCCCUGGCCACGGCCACGCAGGCCAUCAUGGGCAUCAUCUUCAACUUCGCCAUCCCCUACAUGGUCAACCCCGACGAAGCCAACCUCCGGGGCAAGGUGGGCUUCAUCUUUGGCGGCCUCGCCCUCAUCGCCACCGCCUGGAGCUGGUUCUUCGUGCCCGAGCUCAAGGGCCGCACCUUUGACGAGAUUGACCGCAUGUUCCAGGCAAAGGUGCCGCCCCGGAAGAUGGGCUCCUACCAGCUGCCUUCUUACUAA